GUUGAUUUUCCUGAAUCUCAUCUAUUACGCUGUGUUGUUAGCAAAGCAUCAAUUGUUGAAAAGCAAGAUAAGGAGUAGUUUCCCAGUUAUUGUUAAGCUGGCUCCAGUUACAAGGAAACGGGCUCGUCGCUUUUUCUCUAUCUCUUCCGCUACUAGUAGCUGCUUGAAACUAACGCGCGCGCGAUUACUGUCUGCAUAACUGUUGGUUCGACCAAAGGCUUCCUGUUCAAUCUUUAGCCUGAUUCGGUUCCGCUUGGAUAUCUAUCGCGGUAGUGGUAGCUGCACCUUUCAGUUUCACAGCGGCGAAAGUAAGCCGGAAGAUUUGUUAUCGAACCCGAAAGUGCUGUCACUAGUUUGCUUCCAGUGUUUCUUUAGUUGCACAAUUGUCGAAAGGAAGAAGACGUAUUAGGUGUGUCUCCCGGUGUGCAACUAUUCCCGGGGAAAUAGCGAAAAAUUGGAUAAGAAUAAAAUCUAUGACGAAGUGGGAACCGCACUUAAAGCCGAUUAUUAAUGGAAUUGAAUAGAAUCUUCGUAUUCUAUUUGGCGGUUGAAGUGAAAAUCUAAAGUGAUAAAAAUCCUACUAGUGUCAGAAUCUUGAAAAAUUCCACAAAGAUAGAUAAGAGUACUUGCAUCAAAGCAAAUCAAACAUCAAAAGUGAAACGUUAUUGAAACCUGGAUCUGGUUUGCACAACAGGUUGGAGUGCAAACUGCAAAAAAUCCUGGACAAACAGCUUGCACGAGGAGGUGGCAAAACAGCAUCCAAUAACAACAAUUGCAGAUACCGUACGACCGAACCCCAAGUACUGUGAUUCUCUGUUCACUUGCUCGGCCCUCGGAGAAUCGGAACGAAGCAAACAUUCCGUUGGCUUGACAGGCAACGGCAACGGCGGCCGGCGAGCAGCAGUAAACGAAAGGAGUACAUCAUUGCGGCGCUUGGAUAUUUCACCAGUCCACCGACACCAGCUGGGAUUGAAUUGGAUUCGACCUAUCUGCGUCACAACAACCGGCCCAGGAGGAUUCAAAUUGUAAAAGUGGCACGAUUCCUGACGGUGUGGCAGGGAAGCAGCCUACGACGGAGGGGAGAUUCAAAUUAGUGCCAAUUUUGCCUUCCCUCGAACGGAGAGCAGGGCGACGUGAAAAUCGGAACUUAAUUGAGAAUAUGAGCCCAGCGCUGUCCAUGCAAGGGACGGACGGUGGAGCCGCUGCUGAAUUUCAUUAGUGAAAUUGAUGAUCGAAAAUUGAUUUCCCGAUUUUAUAAGGGAUCAGUUGGUGUCUAUUUUCGGGCAGCUUUUUGCGGUCGAGAGUGGGUGGCAUUGUCCGAAGAUAAUCUCGAGUUCGGAUGCAGCAGAGCAAAUGAUAGCUAAUGAGCCUGGCGGUGCAGGAAGAAUUGUUUGGAGCGCUUGAUUUCUAGCGAUUCUACAGGAGAGCUAGAGUUCUGAGCCGCCAACGCCGCUACCGUCAACACCACCACCACCACCCCCAGCGAGACUACGAGGUCUGCCUUUGCACGUUCCAAACGGCAAAGUGCGGUAGUCCAGCGACAUUGUUCACUAUAGGCAGAACAUCACAAACCAGAUAGUUGAAUGAGUAACAGUGCAAUGGUUGCGGUGGCCAUCUGCUGUAUUCUGGUACUGCUGGCAGUAUUCAUCGUACUGAUAAUAGUGGUCGGGCAGACAAUGGGCGAACCAAAGUGAGAUAAGCUCCAACUGGGGCCAGGUCACUUCGCCGAUGGAUAGCCAAGGCCCCCCGGCUGUUAGAAUUCGGAUGGAUUUUGUUCCACUACUGCUGAAAGUGUAACUGUUAUCGUCGAUAGUCAACCGUUACAGAGCGCCACCAACACUCUAUCACCGAGCCCGGUUUAGCCCUGGUUCUACCGAAACGGCGGUUAACAAAUGCCACUAUCCUGUCCAAAAUGGAAAGAUCUUCAAAAACUACAAGCCAAUCCACCAUGAUGAAGGGCUUAGUCAAGAGGUAGAAGAGGUUCCCGAACAUUAGUUCUAAACCAACGCUGCAUAAUGCAGUACGGGAUAGUAAUCGUUAUGCAAUCCUCCCCAAGUAGAGAUCGAACCAAUGACGAACACUACAGAAGCGUACGCACAUGCGCUUUUAGCUGUAAAUAACGUUGACAUGCUCCUCCAUGGUCUUCUUCGCAUUUAGCCUAGCAAAUAGCACAAGCAUGCACCAGCUAGCUUCCCGAUACUUCUAUUCACUCCUUUGCAAACACAUUAGAUGAAUCCUUUUGCUACGGAAACGCCUAUUGUCUUCCAACCCGACUUCAAUAUUUCUUACUCAACACAUUAGACUUCUACGCUUCUCGACUUAGCUCCACGCGUGCACUCGUACCACGCUCAUCAGCCAAUUUGAAAACAGAUCAACUCUUAAACGAGGCAACAACCAAAAUUCAAAUACAAAAAGAACUUGUAGAGGACGACAGAGAGCAAAUACCAACACCACCACCAGCAACAACAUCUACAAUAAACAAAACCACCGGAGGAUAUAUAGAGACAAAAAAAUGGAAUAAAAUCUUUCUCAUCAAUUCUACACAGCCAAAAGGGGGCUACAAAGGUACGAACACUAAAUGAGCACAUACACACUUUCAUAUUCUAGGAUAAAAACCAAAUCGUUGAAAGAAAACACAAGAAACAACAUAGGGUUAGUGACAUUAGCAAGCCAAACAAAAACGUUCAUUUGAAACUGAUUGAAAUACAAAAUUUAUUACAAAACGUUAGGAGAAAACAUAUCGUGAACGACAAAGAAACCCAAAUCAGAUGACUACAUAACAACCAUAAGAAUGAUGAAUUUGAACCGUUGAGGAAGUUUCAUCAUGGGAAGAGUACGGCUAUUUACGGCCAACCUAAUCUUUGCUACAAUUCGAAAUUCGGCCCUUUGAUUUGCAAACUUCAUAAUAUAGACAACAACCAACUGAAUGUUUAGGAUAAUGCGCUUAAUUUCCGAUGAAAGAAGUUCUUCCCAGAAUUGAGUCACAUCCGAAUAAAGAUAAAAUAUAACGAAACCGAUGUUUGUAGGUUAGAAAGUGUUAUAAGACGAAUUGACAGGUCGGCGGAAAUGAUUGUUGAACAUGCUUAUAACUUGUUGUAAUAAAAAAAAUAAACACGAAUUCCAUAAGAACUUUUCUAGUGGAACAGUAAACUAGGAAUUCAAAUGAAGAAAAACGUGCCAAACAGAAUACUUUGGAUGUCAAAUCCUCUUUGUAACCCCGCAACUGAAGCGUAAUUGGAAUAUGAUCGAACACUUUGAGACUUUUUGAUUUAAAUUUAUAAAUUUCUUUGCGGAGAUCUGAAAUUGUCAAUUGAUCAAAGUUAUUACAGAAGAAUCGAUAAUUUCAGAUUUCUUCAGGACAUUUUAUUGCUAACUCAAUUUCAAUGAUGAAUUGCACAAAAAUCGCCAAACAAAA